AAAAUAAAAGCGUAUAAAACUUAAGCUGUAUGUAUGGAAGAAAACCCUUGUUCAUGAGUUUCUUUAGCCGGUAUAUUCAACAUGAAAACAUUGAAAACAGCAGCUGCUAUAAAGAUCUAUUACGUUUCAACGUGUAGCUCGAAAAAUCCUAACGAAUGAGACUUAACAUAGCUAGCUAACCUAGUUAGCUGACUUACUUUUAACACGCAUCAAAUGUGAAGUCUAAACGAAGCAGGAGUCUGAAUAGAGCCGAGGAACAAUCUUCUGGAGGAUUUCGACGGGAAGUGUUUUAGAGAAGGUGGAUUGAAGCUUUCUCUGUGCUCAUCAGCAACAUGGUCUCAGUCCAGGAUGGUCCAAACACAGACAAACUGCUUGUUCCACCUCGAGAGUCAAAUCCAACAGGUACAGGAUCAUCUCUAAGAGCCCCGAGACAGGGCUCGCCUGCACGGAGGCUGGGAAUGACAAGAAGACAGAAGGACAGAAAGGAUUUCAAGGAACCUGAAGAUCCAGAGGAGAGGGCGAGGAGGUACAAAGAGCAAGAACUGAAACCGUUGUACAAGGAGCUCCUGUACACCAUUAAAUACAAACUAGGGAAGCCCACCAGCAAUACAACGUACACUGACACUCAGCUACAGCAGUAUAUCAAAGAGGCAUUUGGCAUGACAGACACAGAGCAUGAGAGCCUGAGUGAAAAAGUUGAGAAUGCAGAGAAGCCAUUUUACUGCCUCAAGGUCACCGUCAAGGAAGCCAAAGGGAUUCUGGGAAAGGACGUUAGUGGCUUCAGUGACCCAUACUGUCUGCUGACCAUCAUGCAAAAAGGCCAGGAGGCUAAGAGUAGCUCUAUCCCAUCCAAAGUGCAGAAGGCUGUGCUGAAGGAUUCAGCCAAGCGAAGGGAAGUGUUCCAAACAGACAUUAAGAAGCAGACACUUAACCCGGUCUGGGACCAAACCUUUAAACUUGUGUUUGAAGACAUAACCUCUAACAAUUUUCACAUGGAAAUGUGGGAUAAAGAUGAGGAAGUGUCACUCGUUCAGAAAUUCGACGAGUUCCGGACGAACUUGCACGGUCUGAAAAGGAUGAUAAAAGAUGCAAAAAAAGAGAAAGGGACGGAUGAUUUUCUGGGAAGCGUUGUUCUUAAUCUGCAGGACCUUCACUGUACAGAGGACAGAUGGCACAUCCUCCAGCCUCAGACAGAGACGUACCCGGACCGAGGGCAGUGCCACAUGCAGUUUAAAUUCAUCCACAAAGAGAGAGAUGAGACACUGAGUGCUGGCCGCAGUCCUUAUGUGAACUACAGUGGGAUACUGCAGCAGUUUGUUCAAGCUCAUAUUUCCAAGCAAAAGGACAGUAGUCCCUGGAAAGGUGAACUAUGCGGAGAAGGUACCACACUGCUGGAGCACUAUGCUGCCCAGAAUGACAUUUCACCCUUUCUGCAAGACCUGGCGAAGUGGGUGGCCUACAGUAAGCUCUAUCAGAGUUUGGAGGUGGAUUCUACAGUGCUGUUUAAGCAGUUAACCAGCAUAGAAUACCACUGGGACCAGCAAGAACUUCCAUACCAACAGAAACAAGAGUUGGGUGAUUCUCUUCACGACUUUCUUCAGUACGGCCUAUGUUUAGUGUCCAAGUACAGAGAUAUCUUCCCUCCCAAAAGCACCCCACGACUACACACACUGCUCAGGGUUCUGGUCCAGAUCUGUAAGACUCGAGCCUUUCAAAAGCUCAACCCUGCACAGUUUGACCUACAUGAUGAGGUCAUUGAUGCCGUGCUGAAUGGUACAGAGGAAUGGUUCAACAUUAAGAAAGGAUUGCAUCAGCCAAUGACCAAGGAUCUGCUGGAGACUGUUAGCGCCCUCUCUCUCUUGAUCAGGGAAGUGCAGGAGGAUAUUCGUCUCAGUAAAGAUGUGUGGAACAGAGUGUUUGCCAGUGCUGUGCAGUUGGAUGUAUUUACAGUAGUGUACCAGAAGUUGGACUCUCUGCUGGCAGAGGAGCUUCGGGACACACUGUCUCAGCUGGAGAAUAAUAUGGACCAGUCACUGGCCAACAGUCUCUUUCCUGUGUAUCUGAGUCUGCAAGCUAUCCACAAAGACAAAGCCUACCUACAGAAGAGAGGAAAAGUGCUGCAGCUGACAAGCUUUCAUGAGGAUUUCCGGGAGGCUCUUCCCUACUGGCUGAAUAAAGCAUUCACUACCACUUCAGAGCGUGUUGAGAAAGCUGUGCACGUUGACCAGUUGCAGCCACUGCAGACAGGAUCAGUGCCCGUAAAGCACAGCUCUUCAGCAGUGGACAUAGCAGCCUGUCUGCAGCCAAUCUGUCAGCUCUGGGAACAGCUCAGCUGGCCUGACUCGGAGGAAGGAUUCAUGCUCAUGGUCAAACUCACAGAGGAUAUGUGUAAGAUUGCUUCAACGUAUUGUCGUUUGCUGAAGUCUCGAGUGAAGGAGCUCUCAGACAACUCCGACCCAGGCAGUGCUGCCAACAUGCUCUGUGUGGUGGUGAAUGAUCUGGAACAUCUGCGGUCGGUUCUGAACCGCCUCCCUCAGCAGCUAAACUGGGCAGGGCUUCGGGAACGGACGCGGAACGUGAUUGGAGAAACUCAGUUUCAGAACACACUUCCUUCACAGCUACAGCACACACAGGCUCUCCUAAACAGAGAGAUCCGUGCAGCUGUAGACACACUUGGGAAAAAGAUGCACACGGAUAUUGAGACGUUCGUCCGCAGGAUGGCCACACGACACCGGCUGCCCUCCAGAUCCACAGAGGACGCUGUGGAACCCCUGAUGCGUUAUCUGGAGGAAGAGCUGAAGUAUAUGAAUGAAAAUCUGGUACAGGAGAACUUCAACAGUUUGUUGACUGCGUUGUGGACAAACUCAUUGAAGAUUCUGCACCUGGUCUCUCAGCAGGAGGACAGCAGUGUGGUUUACUUCCAGAGGCUGCAGUUCACUCUGCAGUGUCUGGAGCAGUGUUUUCAUGCUGAAGGGAACGGACUUCCUCUGGAGAUGCUACACACAGAUGAAUACAAGACGCUGCAAAGCCUCUUAAUGCUCAACUCUAUGAGCUACCAGCAACUGAUAGAGAAGUUCUUUGAGAGGAAGAUCUGGGAGCAGAAAGUGUGUCAUGGUGAAAAGUACGGAGCAGUUACACUCAUUGUCUCUUACACACGCUCAGAAGAGAAACUGCACGUAGAAGUGCUGAAUGCGGUCAAGCUCAUUCCCCUUGACUCCAAUGGUUCCAGUGACCCUUUUGUCCAGCUGUCUCUGGAGCCAAAGCAUGUAUUCCCACAGGUGGAACAGCGCUACACCAAGAUCAAAAACUGUGACCUCAACCCGUUGUUUGAGGAGUCCUUUGAGUUUCCUGUGACAUUAGAGCAGUGCCAGUCAGCAGGAGCAUGUCUGUUGGUGACGGUGUUGGACCACGACACCUUGCGGAGUGACGAUUUUGAAGGAGAAGCGUUCCUCUCCCUGAAGGCUGUGCCAGGGGUUGCAGGAGGAGGAGCCCCAAACCCCAACCCUGCUCAGAUCCGCCUCCCUCUGCUGCAUCCCAAACCAAACAGUGAAGCCACACUGAAGCUGCUCGAGGCCAGAAAGGGCGAUCGCGAGGCUCAAGCCUUCGUCAAACUGCGCAGGCAAAGAGAAAGAAAGUCUCAGGAAGCCUCAAACAAUGAAGGGACAACAAAAUAACAAGCCAGUUAUGUGAAAAGCUUUGCCUUGCCUUUGCUGUAUCUGUGUCUGUCUCUGUCUGGAUAGAUUGUUUUUGAAGUUGUAAGUAUAAUAAAAUCUACUCCAAUAAAAUAACCAUUAUAAUAAUCCAAAGA